AUGAAGUCUGAUUAUUCCAGGGUUGUUUUAAUUCACUUUCGCCUGUACUUCUGCCCAUUCAUGACUAUUGUACUUACAUUAGAUUGCGUCAUAGGAGAAUUUAACAGACGAGGCUGUUCUCUAAGUACCAGUAUCUCACCGGAUAGUUACUCCAGAGACGGAGACAUUACCUUUGGUGGCAUCCUACAGAUAUUCGUAUAUGCUUCUGGAGAGAAGAAUCAGGAUUUCUCAGAGGCACCGAAUGCUCUAACUUGUUUUGUGCCAUCUUUGCAGUAUCUGCGCCAUUUAAUUGCCUUUAUUUAUGCUAUUGAGGAGAUCAACAACAGCGCUGAGAUUUUACCCAACAUCACAUUAGGUUUCCAAGUUUAUGACGCCUGUACCAGUGAAGUGAUUGCCUUAUUGAGCACUUUCAGCAUUCUGUCAGAAAGACCAGAGCCCGUUCUUAACUUCAUCUGUCAAAAAAGACUAAAGACAGUUGCGUUUAUUGGGCAUAUGUCGUCAUCUGCAAGUCUUACCAUAGCUGGGAUCACUCAACUGUAUCGAUUCCCACAGGUAAGUUAUGGAGCAUUAGAUCCAUUGUUCAAUGACAGAAUAAGGUUCCCAGCCAUGUACCGAACUGUUCCCAAUGAAUAUUCCCAGUUUACAGCCAUCAUUCAACUUCUAACCCACUUUGAAUGGACAUGGGUUGGGAUCAUUACCUCAGAUGAUGACAGUAAUCUCCAGGCCAGUGAGGAACUAAGUAAACAGAUGAGACAAAAUGGAAUCUGUGUCCCUUUUCUGGAAAUAAUACCUACAGUAGUAGGCAGCGAUAUGGAGGACAUCCUAAGGGUGACAAGAGUGAUUAAAACAACAUCAGCCCGGGUGAUUAUUUUAUAUUGCAGCACUAGUGGCUUUAUGUCCUUGCUAUUAAAUCUCAAGCACUUUACAAGGAUAACCUGGAUAUCCUCAGUUACAUUAAAUAUUGCUACAGAUUAUCCAGUUGACAGAUUUUUGCUUGCAUUCAGUGGAUUUAAUGGAUCUUUAGCCAUUUCCGUUCCCAGUCAAGAAUUGCCUGGAUUUCAGGGUUUCUUUUCUGAAGCAACAUUGGGGAAAAUGCCAGGCAACACAUUUAUUGAAGACUACUGGUUUUAUAAUUCUGGAUGUCCUAAUGUUUCAAUAGACAAUAGAGGCAAUCAAUGUCAGACAGAAAAGUAUUUCAAAGAUAUCUUAAUGUUGGAGAACAAAUACAGAAUUACCUAUACCACUUAUAUGGCGGUCUAUGCUCUGGCACAGGCUUUACAUGAGAUGCAUUCCUCUACAAGUCUCCUCACUCACUUACCUGAAGUCUCUUCUGGCAAAAUAAGGAUGAAGCUAAAUCACUACCUGAAAAACAUGCACUCGAGAACAUCAUCAGGAACGCCCUUCCAUUUUGAUGAGAAUGGGAAUAUUCCCGGCAUGUUUGAUAUCAUAAACUGGAAUAUUUACCCAAAUGGGACAAUAACCAGAACUCAGGUUGGCAGCUUCCUGAUCUCUAGGGUUCCACAGCUUCUCAUGGAUGAUUCUAACAUUACUUGGAACCCACAUUUUAACCAAACUCCAUUUUCAAGAUGCACUAUACCCUGUUCCUUUGGUUUCCGAAUUGCUCAUCAAACUGGGAAAGCUCCUUGCUGCUUUGAUUGCAUCCCUUGUUCAGAUGGAGAAAUAGCCAAUGUGACAAAUAUGGAAUACUGCUGGAGCUGUCCAGAAGAUAGGUGGUCAAAUAUUAAUAAAGAUAAAUGCAUCCAAAAGACCAUAGACUUUCUUUCUUAUGGAGACAUACUAGGGGUUACAUCAUCCUGCAUUGCCUUCAUCUUUGUUGUGAUAACUGCUGCGGUGCUAUUUGUCUUUGUCAAAUUUCGGAGAUCUCCCAUAGUCAGAGCAAAUGAUCGGAAUCUCAGCUUCAUCCUCCUCGUGUCCAUUAUGUUAUCGUUCCUCUGCUCCUUUCUCUUCAUUGGCUAUCCUGUGGAGCUGACCUGCAUGCUGAGACAAGCUGCCUUUGGGUUCAUUUUCACUGUAGCUGUAUCCGCUGUUCUGGGGAAAACAGUUACAGUCAUUAUAGCUUUUAAUGCAACUAAACCUAACAGCACAUUCAGGAAAUGGAUAGGAACCAGGGUAUCUAUCAGCCUAGUUCUUCUUUUCUCCUUUGGAGAACUAUUCAUUUGUAUCAUUUGGUUGAUAUGUUCUCCACCAUUUGUGGACACUGAUACAAAGACUGUUGUGGGUACAAUGAUCAUUCAGUGCAAUGAAGGCUCCUUCACUGCUUUUUAUGUGGUGAUUUCAUAUAUUGGUCUAUUGGCUCUGUUUAGCUUUAUUCUUGCUUUUCUAGUUCGGAAAUUACCUGAUAGGUUUAAUGAUGCUCAGUAUAUAACCUUCAGCAUGCUGGUGUUCUGCAGUGUCUGGAUCUCCUUUAUCCCUAUCUAUUUGAGUUCUAAAGGCAAAUAUGUUGUGGCUGUGGAAAUAUUUACUAUACUGUCUUCCACAGGAGGUCUUCUGUUAUGUAUAUUUGCUCCUAAAUGUUACAUUAUUUUGGUAAAGCCAGAACUAAACAGCAGGAAACAUUUGCUAAAACCAAAGCUAUAA